UCUCACCUUCACAUACCACAUGCCCCAAACCGUCAAUUAAUGUCACCUUCAAUAGGAUCUUCCAGCUUGGUAAAUAAUCCUAUUGUUGACCUGAAUGGUUCAAUGGAAUAGGCCAUUCACAAUGGCUUGUAAUUCACUCGUGACAUUCUUGUUCUGCAAUAAAGAACCAUUACUUCCUUCUUCUGCCUCCUCUAUAACUUCUCGGAUGCGUCUUUGACACCAAGCGCCUUUUCUUUCUUUCGGAUUUCAACAUUGGCAAGCUGCCUACUUAGCAUUACUAGUAUUAUAUACGAUUUCUAUUCCGCCAUGGCAAACAUUCAAGCUUCCGCUUCAACCUCUUCCGCUGCUGUGGCCAAGACUGGGAUGCGGGCACCCCAUUCGCUUUACAGCAUGUCACUCCGUUUCCUGAUGAAGCACGUCCAUGAAAUCUAUGACGUGGGCGACGUUCCUUUCGAGACCAUCAAGCCGGUCCUCGUGAAGAUCACGGAAGCCGAUCAGCUCAAACACCUCGAAGACCACUGCCCGCAGCUCAAAGGACAUACUGGCGAUCUCUGGCUCAAGCUCAUCGAGAAAGAGUUCUCGAACUCCAGGACCCUCGAGUUCCCUCCCAUUCCCGACAAUCCCAAGUCCUGGUCGAAGGUCUACUAUAACUACCGCCGCAUCCAAGACCAGCACAUCAAAGAAGCCGAAGCCGACCUCAAGUCCCUCUUCAGCUCCGUCGAUGCCUCCCGCCAAGAACAAGCCAAGCUCAUGGUCACCGACCGCGCCCCCGUCAAGCCCGGAAGAUCUCGACGUUUCGGCGGCCCCCCGCCCAAACCCUCCGCCAUGGCCGCCAUCAUGAAGCAAGGUCCCCAGCGCCGCGACGUCUUGCGCAUGGGCCGCCCCACCAUCCCGACCAAAGGCUUCGGUGUGUCCAAGGCGCCGAAGAGCAUGCUUCCACCGGCGCGCAUCCAGCGACGCCCGACGCAGCCCGCGAUUGCUGCUCCGAUUGCCACGGCCGCGACGCUCGCCCCACCCCGCAAUAGUCGCCUGAUCGGGCCCCUCGGACGCCGGCCGACUCAUCCUGUUCGGCCCGCGCCUCGACCCGGCGUAGCGCCCACCGCCGUCCCCGAAAAGCAACUCGAACGCGACCCGCCAGCGCCUGCCACGCCAAAGACGUGGGGAUCGCGGAAGAUGGAUGCGGAACACGCAGCGAAGAAGGAGGAGACGGAGCGGGUAGUUGCAGGGGGGAGCACGAGGACGACAAGUCCGAACCGGGUGGAGAGGAGGAAGGAUGGGAGUCCGGUCGGGUCGCCGCAGGCGCCGUUGGCGAGGAAGCGGAAGAGGAAUACGAUUUUGAUGCCGAAUAAGCGUACGCGGUAGAUGGGUGAUAUGGGUUGGAGAAGGUUAGAGACGGGGGGGUUGAUUAUUUGAUGGCUGGGGUUAUGAGGUGCUGGUGGGUUUGAUAUGGCAGUGAUGGGAGACUGAAACCAUGCCGCACGAAGCAUCGAGAAGGUCUACAAGAGUACCAGCGGGACAUCGCUGUAAUUAAGGAGUUUCAUCGAUCAUGGGAGGUAUUCAUGUCCAUCCUUUGCAUAGCGCUCGGUGUUUUGCGGAGGAUAUAUCACACACAAUUUAAGCGGCGUUCUUUAGUUUCACCAC